CCAUUCGAUUUUUCAUUGAUAAACAAAAGAAUACACCCUAGCCGGCCAGGGCGGUCUGAGAGAGAUAUACAUAUAGAGCUAUAGAUUUUGGAUCGCUAUGGCAUCACAACAGACGUCAAGAGUAGCUAAUAACAUUCCUAAUUUCAUCGAGCCAUGGGCUAUGGCUGCACUCAUGUUGGCUGGAGGGAUGGGGGCUGCUUUGAACUAUGCUCUCUAUCCGCACUUGGAACAGCGUUUUGACCUGCCGCUGGAUAAAGUACUCCAAGACAUGGGCUAUGUUGUGCAUUCACUGCAAGCUCUCAAGACAUUUCUAUCUGUGCUGUUUGGUGCGAUUGGUGGCAUCUUACUUCUGUUUUUUGCGGUGGUGAUGAAAGUGAUGGUGAUUAGGUUUUUACUUGCUUGUAAUGGAUGGUUUCUGACUCCCAAAAAUCCAGUGAACAAGGUGUGGUACAUGCUGAUGCUUGCACUCGUGGGUUCCAAGAACAAAGGACUAGGUAACUACCAAGACUACCUUCCCUCACUGCCUGUCCCUCCGCUCAAGGCUACUCUCAAAAAGUACCUGAACUCUGUGAGACCACUGCUCACCUCUGAAGAAUAUGAAGCCACGAAAGCAGCUGUGAAAGCAUUUCCCCUGGAUCAGGGUUGGAAACUGCAACUGCUGCUAAAGCUAAGGUCUUGGACCAAUCGCAAUUGGAUCAAGGAAUGGUGGGCUAAUUUCAUAUACCUUCGGCAAAGGUCACCCAUUUCCUUUAACUCCAACUAUUUCGCACUGGCCAACUACAAGAAUCCAACAUCUCAUGGAGUAGAUCGAGCUGCCGGCAUGCUCUACUUUUGCAUGAAGUAUCAGUCUGAAGUGGCUCAACACACUGCUAAGAAUGCUAUAGCCAACAAUGUGGUUCCAAUGUGCUCUGCCAACUUCAAGCAUCUUCAUUGCACUACUAGAAUUCCUGGUGUGGAGAGGGACAAAAUCGUCUGGUAUGGUGAUCAAAACCCCACCCAUGGCGUCGUUAUUAGAAAAGGAAAGUUCUUUGCAAUAGAAUUGUUCAAUCUCAAGAAUGGGAAACUUAUAUCUCCCAAGCAAAUCAAGAAGCAGCUAGAGAAAGUGAUUGAACUUGCUGGAGAUGAAGAGGACCAGUCGUGUGUGGCUGCAUUCACUGCUCUCCCUCGGGCAAAAUGGGCGGAGGUACGCAACAGACUAGAGAAGAAUCCAGUCAACAGCAAGAUACUCAAACUCAUUGACUCUUCAACAGGAAUGCUUGUCCUGCAGUCAAACCCAGUAGAAAGUUCAGAUUUGACAGCUGUAUCUCAGAUGCUUUUCCAUGGUGAUGUGAACAAUCGAUGGUUUGACAAGAGUGUACAAGUGAUAGUCACCCCUAAUGGGACUACAGGGGCCAAUGUAGAGCACACACCUUUGGAUGCUACCAUUUGUUCGCAGCUCUGGGAGUAUACUCUCACAUCCGAGAGACAAGUAUACGAUGAACAAGGACAUGUAGUGGACCUCCCUGAUGAAGACAAAGAUGUUCAGCUCAUGCCUCCAACAAAGCUUGAGUGGGAGUUGGAUGGUUUUGAAGGUGAUCUGAAGGAAGCACGAGAGAACCUUGAGGUGAUGAUUGCGGACUCUGAUCUGCUCUCAGUCACACCUAGCUAUGGAAAAAGGAUUCCUAAGAAAUGUAGGCUCAGUCCUGAUGGGUGGUUUCAGAUGGCUAUUCAAUUGACCUACUACCGACUGCACCAGAAGUUUGUGCUCACGUAUGAGUCUGCCACUACCAGGCUGUACUAUGAGGGCAGGACUGAGACCAUUCGUCCAGUGUCUGAUGAUUCUGUCGCGUUUGUCAAGUCCUUUGAUGACCCCACUGUGUCCAGGGACAACGUCAAGAAGAUGCUGAAAAAGGCCAUUGAAGUCCAGAGUGGCUACAAGAUGGAGGCCAUGAGGGGACUGGGAGUGGACAGACAUCUGUUUGGGCUCUACGUUGUUGCCAAGGGCUUGAAGCUCGACCCAAUGCCCAAACUCUUCACUGACAAGGCCUUCAAUCUCUCCUUCACCCUCUCCACCUCCCAAACGCCAGUCAAGUCCACUCCUCUGUGGGACAUAAAUGUCUCCUCGUGCAUGGGUGGGUUUGGUACCGUGACUGAGGACGGGUAUGGAAUCUCGUACAUCAUUGUCGGCGAAGAUGACAUCAACUUCAGUAUACACACCAAGAGGAAUUGUCCUGAAACAGACUCGAGGAAGUUUGGAGAUGCUCUCCUAAAAGCAUUCGAAGAUAUGAAAGCUCUCUACUCAGAGGAGCUCCAAUAGGAGCUUCACAUUUUGCAUACAUUUUACAUUAGGCCAAACCCUCGCAAAUUGGCAUACACGUUGAAACUGACUUACUUAAUAUACUUAGAAGUUUCAUAUUUACUACUUCAUUUGUUUGUCAAACUAGCUCCUUUAUUUUUUCUAUACUUCAUUUGUUUUUUUGUCAAACUAGUUAACUAGAUCUAGUACUUCAUUAUUUGUACACAUUUCUUCAUUAUUUUUCGUGUGAAGUAAA